GAAUGAAGCUGAUGUACAUGCAUGACAACUCAGAAAACCUCACUGACAGCUUUAAAAUCCAGCUAUCAGAUGGAAAACAUAAAGUCCUCAGAACCAUUUCAGUAACAAUCAUUCCAGUUAAUGAUGAGAAACCAGUGCUGAGCAAGAAGAAUGAUAUAGAGGUGAACACAGGUGAAACUCGAAUCAUUUCUAGUGCUGUUCUGUCAGCGGAAGAUAAAGAUACCCCCAGGGAGAGAAUUUACUACUUAUUUGAAAGACUUCCAGAAAAUGGUCAGCUUCAGCUCAAGGUAGGCCAAGGCUGGAUGACUCUCCGAACUGGAAUGAAGUGCAGCCAGGAAGAGCUGGAUAUGAACCUUGUGAGAUAUGUCCAUACAGGAGCUACAGGGUCCAAGAACCAAGACAGCUUCACAUUUUACCUGUGGGAUGGGUAUAACAGAUCCCCAGCUGCAGACUUCCACAUAAAUAUCAAGGAUAUGGAAAAGGGAGACAUCGCUGUUUUUAUGAAACUCCUAAGAGUGCCAAAAGGAGAUCGCAGCUACAUUACAACCAAUGUCCUCCUUGCACUGGAUGGUACUGACAAGCCAGAGGAGCUCCUUUACAUGAUAACCUCCCCACCCCAGUAUGGACAAAUAGAGUAUGUCAACUACCCAGGCAUCGCCAUUACGAGUUUCAGUCAAAUGGAUGUAGCUCGACAGAUUGUCUGCUAUGUUCACAACCCAAAGGCAGUUGUUCCUGAAGAUACAUUCAGAUUCAUCAUCAGCAAUGGACUGAGGACUAAGCAUGGGACAUUCAUGAUCUCCUUGGAGGCAGUCGACCAAGCUUUGCCCACACUCUCUAGGAACAAGGGGUUAAGACUUGUGGAAGGCACUAUGACAUUCCUUUCUCCUGAUGUCCUGCAGCUUUCAGACCCAGACACUGCCAAAGAAAACCUUACCUUCCUUUUGGCUCAGCUGCCCCAAUAUGGUCAUCUCUAUUAUCGCGGGGCUGUGCUACUGCAGGACAAUUUCACCCAGCAAGACGUGGACAGCAGGGAUGUCGCAUACAAGCACCGAGGCGGGAAUUCCCAGAUUGACAGAUUUACAUUUGUUGCCACAGACAGAACUAAUCAAGGCUUCAUCGUGAAUGGGAGGGUGCAGAGUGAGCCAGUGGCAUUCACCAUUCAGGUGGAUCAUUUGGACAAAAUGGCACCAAAAAUUGUUCAUCUUCAUUGCUUUUCUGAUGUGGAACUGCUCAAGAAUGGCAAUUAUGGGAUCUAUCUUACUGCCAGGUCCCUGAAGGCAUCUGACCCCAAUACAGAAGAUGACAAAAUAAUUUUUAAGAUAUUACAAGGUCCUCAUUAUGGCUACCUGCAAAAUAUAACAACAGGUGGAGUCAUUCGGGAAUGGUUUAGCCAAAAGGAUUUAAACAGCAAAAUCAUACUUUAUGUCAUCAAUCUGACGCAGGACAUGAAUUCAGACCACUUGGAGUUUCAAGUCACAGAUGCCAGUGGAAACUCUGCACUACCCCAAAGGCUGGAGCUGCGGUGGUCUCGGAUUGAAAUGCAACAGACUGCAUAUGAAGUGUGUGAGAGUGUGGGAAUGGUGUCCCUGAAAAUCACGAGGGCAGGACACUCAGCAGAGCCUGCUUUUAUAACUGCAAAGAUCAAUGAAGUAUCAGCUCAGCUGGGAAAGGACUUUACAGUGACUCCCUCCAAGCUUGUUCAGUUUGAUCCAGGAAUGUCAACCAAGAUGUGGAAUAUAGCAAUUACCUAUGAUGGAUUAGAGGAAGAUGAUGAAAUCUUUGAAGUAGUUCUGAGCUCCCCUGUGAAUGCCGUUCUUGGCACACGGACAAAAGCUAUAGUGAAAAUUUUGGACUCAAAAGGAGGUCAGUGCAGCUAUUCCCAUUUUUCUGGCCAAAGCAAGCAUGACUUCUGGGGGAGAGGCACACUGUUUCCAGUUUCCUCAGGCUCAUCAUCACCUUCCAGGCCUGGCAAUGCUUCCUUGGAAGGGAUCCCACUGCCUCCUUCCAAAGGGAUGAGAGAGCAUGGAGGGGACCUGCGGCAGGAGCACAGCUUGAUGAAUCGGUCAAGGAUCAGGCUGAGAGUGACUGGAAAUGGCAGAACAGUUCAUCCUUCAUCUGUAUUUAGAAAUGGAACAGAUGUAAUUUUCAAAUAUCAUGGGAUGGUAUCACUCAAAAUAGAGGAUGACACUUCAUCAGCUAAAACUAACAAGAAGGCUCAAGUGUCCGUAAUUAGCCAAGCACAGCCACAGGUAAAUGUCAUCUCCUCUAGAAAGACAGAAAUUCCACAAGCUGAUAAGGCAGAACUGUCAUCUGAACCAAGAUCAAAACAUAAGGACUAUUACCCUUUUCCAAAGGCCUGUACACCAGAUUUGAAGGGUCUCUUGCAUUAUGAAGAAAGCACUCAAAAGUUGUUUCAGUGUGAUGGGAUAACAUGGAAAUUCUGGAAUUCCCAAAGCAAGGAGGUAAGCAUGAAGAAAUGCCCCUCCGGAUGGAGUUAUCAUGAGGGCAGCUGCUACUUGCUGGUAGUGAAUCACAAGGUCACCUGGAACACUGCUGCUCAGGCUUGCAGAGAACAAUACCUGGGGAGUCUAGCAAGUGUGGCUAAUGAACAACACAUGCAGUGGCUGUGGGACUUCAGUGGGAGGAUGCCCUUUUGGAUAGGCUUGAAUGACCAAGUCAAUCCUGGACAUUGGGAGUGGACUGGAGGAGAACCUGUAACCUACAUAAACUGGAGAAGAGACUCCUAUCACUUUCCAGUGAGAGGAAGAAAUUGUGCAUUUGUGCAGAAGAGAGGAAAAUGGCAAGCAACUGACUGCAAGAAGGUCAAACCGAACAGCUACAUAUGUUCAAGAAAGUUGUAA